CAGAAAGAAGCGCUGUCAUACUAAAUGUGAACAACACUAGCUUGUCAAAGCAUACGCGUGCUUACUUAAAAUGCUACCCAUAUUAGUUCUCAGUGUAUGCAGUAGUUUGAUUUUUGAUAUAUGUACUUCUGAAAGCUAUGUGUUGGACGAUAAAAUUGGAUUAGGAAGAGUAUUUGACGGUAUUGGAGGUCUAAGCGGCGGAGGGGCUACAUCUCGACUGCUUGUAAAUUAUGCAGAGCCAUACCGCAGCCAGAUACUGGACUACCUCUUCAAGCCAAACUUCGGAGCUUCUCUGCACAUCCUUAAAGUGGAAAUUGGAGGUGAUGCUCAGACGACAGAUGGAACCGAGCCAUCACACAAGCAUUAUGAAAACGAUGAGAACUUCUUUCGCGGUUACGAGUGGUGGCUGAUGAAAGAGGCCAAGAGGAGGAAUCCUAACAUCACUCUCAUUGGGUUACCAUGGGCCUUUCCUGGUUGGGUUGGAAAUGGAAAAAACUGGCCCUACGACUUUCCUGACAUUACUGCAUCCUAUGUGGUGUCCUGGAUUAUCGGAGCAAAACAGUACCAUGACCUUGACAUUGAUUAUGUUGGGAUUUGGAAUGAGCGCAACUUUGACAGCAAGUACAUCAAGCUUCUUCGGUACACUCUGGAUAAGAGUGGUUUGGAGAGGGUAAAAAUCAUAGCCAGUGAUAACCAAUGGCAGCCCAUAACCUUGUCAGUGCAGCUUGAUGAAGAGCUGAGGAAAGCGGUAGACGUCCUAGGGGCCCACUACCCUGGCACCAACACCGUUAUGGAAGCUCUGAAGACCCAGAAAAAGUUGUGGUCGUCUGAGGACUACUCCACCUUCAACAACGAAGUGGGAGGAGGCUGUUGGGCCCGCAUCCUUAACCAGAACUAUGUGAAUGGGAUGAUGACAGCCACAAUAUCUUGGAACCUGGUAGCUAGCUACUACUCAGACCUGCCUUUUGGACGAGAUGGGCUGAUGACAGCAGAGGAGCCCUGGAGUGGGAACUAUGUUGUAGAGUCUCCCAUUUGGAUCUCUGCCCACACCACCCAGUUUACCCAGCCAGGCUGGAGCUACCUGCAGACUGUGGGUCACCUGGCCCAUGGAGGAAGUUAUGUCGCCCUGAUCGACGGCAAAGGAAACCUUACUGUCAUCAUAGAAACCAUGACUCAUGAUCACUCUGUGUGCAUAAGGCCCCCACUGCUGCCCUACGAUGUCACUUCCCAGAAUGCAACGUUCCAGCUGAAAGGAUCUUUCAACCACAUCAAGGAACUGCAAGUGUGGCAUUCCAGGUUUGACUUCAAGACAAAGAAGCCUUUUUUUUUCAAGAAGCUCAGCCCUCUGACGAUCACUGACAGUUCAUUCACCUUGACCCUGGAUAUUGAUGAAGUCUACACAAUAACUACCAUAACCACUGGCCAGAAAGGGACGUAUCCAGAUCCACCUCCCUCUGCACCAUUCCCUAAAGUUUACCAGGAUGACUUUAAUGUCCCAAUCCAUCCCUUCUCUGAAGCGCCCAACUUUGCCGACCAGACAGGCGUAUUUGAGUACUACAUGAACCUGACAGACCCUGGCCCCCACCUCUUCACCAUGCGCCAGGUGGUCACCCAGAGACCAGUCACCUGGGCGGCGGAUGCAGACCAGACCAUCAGCGUCAUUGGAGACUACCAAUGGGAGAACCUGACAGUCACCUGUGACAUCUUUAUGGAAACAGUGAAGACCGGAGGUGUAUAUGUCGCAGCCAGGGUGAACAAAGGAGGGGGUGACGUUCGCAGUACCAGGGGGUUGUUCUUUUGGGUGUUUGCAGACGGCACUUACAAAGUCACGAAUGACCUUGCUGGUCAGACUGUGCUUGCAGAGGGACAGUCUGGAACCAGAGCGUUUGGUUGGCACACAUUAACUCUCAUUGUCAAGGGUGACUAUGCAUCAGGAAUGCUGAAUGGAUACACACUAUGGAAGGAUGCAGUGGUUUUGACACCCAAGAAUGGCUGGGCUGCAAUAGGGACACAUGCCUUCGAGCUGGCACAGUUUGACAACUUUGCUGUGAAGGCAGAGUAACUUCGCUCGAUUGCCACUGAUGCACUGUCUAUUAGCUUUGCCUGUGAGAAUAAUUUAUUGACACAAUGAUGCCACUUUUAACCCCAUAAAUGUGAUUGUGUAAAUAUGGAUAAUUAGCUUUUUGCAUCAUUCUUCGAGGUCUAAAUGAUUGAUUCAUGAGUGUCAUGGUGAAAGGGAAAUACAUAGAUUUUUUUGAUUCUUUUGAAUUUUUUGCCUGCAAUGACUAGACGGCAAUUUUUUUUGUGUUGAACACUUUCAAUUCAUGCAAUUGAGAUGAAAAGUGACAUCUUCCAAAUGUAAGGUUUAAUACUGUGAUUUUCAAUAAAUAAUUUUUAUUCUACACUA